UCGACACUUGUAGAACCUGUGUUGCCAUAAAGUCGAAGACGGCAAGAUAAAGAUCUAUCAGCAGACCCAUCCGUAUCCAUGGCGGAUCACAAGCCUAACUCUCCAUCAGAGAAGAAGGACGUCAAGGCACCGAACGUGUUCGAGAGAGCGAAAGAAGAGAUGGAAGCGAUGGCACAUUAUGAUAAAUCACCUCGACAUCACAAGGAAACUCACGGAACAAGUGACGACAUUGAUGAGAGCACAGCUGUUGAUGAUGUGAAAGGACCCAGUGUCCUUGAACGCAUGAAGGAAGAGAUCGAAGCCAUUGUCGACGCAGUCCACCCGAAAAGAGACUCCGGAUCCGAUAAAUAGCGCUUCUCAAAACUUUAAGAGUAGUUUGUUUCCUGAAAUGGUUUGGCCUUUGUACUUUAAGAGUAGGCUCACCAAAACUAUCCCAAAACUUUGGCAUGCUACAUUGAGAUGUCGAUUGCCAAAUCGUAUGUGUGUUCGAAUUUUGAGUAUUCGGGUUAUCAGUUGGCGAA